GCAGCCCACUUCAAGCUCUCUCUCUCUCUCUCUCUCUCUCUCUACAUGCAUUUACACAAUCACAUAUCCAUUUUAGCCCUGUACAAGACUCAUUUUUCUGUUCCUCUAGUCUAGGUUUCAUUUUUUUAUUUACCUUCUUGUUGUGGGAGAGGCAAAAAGUGGGAGAAUUAUGAGGGUUCCAUUGGGGCCAGUGAUAGGGAGGUACCCUACAGCCAAUGGAAGUGAUGGGCAGUUGGAUGGGAUCAUAAGGCACAACAGAAAAUGCAGAGAUGUUCCCUUUCUUCUUCUCUUUAUUGCCUUUUGGGUGGCAAUGAUUGUUAACUCUGGCUUUGGGUUCAAUCAAGGUAACCCACUAAGGCUAACACAUGGUUUAGACUACAAAGGAAAUGUAUGUGGUGACAAGCAUGCAAACCCUGAUCUUCGUGGACUAGAAGUCAGAUAUUGGGUAAAUCCCAACCAGGUUUAUCAAAGUGGAUUAAAGAAGAGCCAAUUCAAACUAGAGGAUGCUAGAAGCAUCUGCUUGAAGAACUGUCCUGUUGCAUCAGAAGAUACUCUCAAAUGGGUUUGUGAUUAUCCAGAGGGAGAUAUUCACUUGUCAAUAAAGGAAUGGGUUCACCGGAAUUAUGAUUACUUCGACUUCCUUACCCCAGAAAUGAGAAAUGCUUCAUUACAACUUCAAGGUCCCUGUUACCCUAUCAUUUUCCCAACUGUAAAUGUCUUCUGGAGCUGCCAAUUUAUUGCACGUGCAUCAAAUGUGUCUCUGAACCAGUGGCACCAGAUGGGAGGAGUAACUGUCAGUGAAGACAUUUUAAUAGAUAAAUCUAUUCAGGAAUUUAUCAAUUCUAGAUCAUCUGUCUUGAAGAGGUACGUUGCUGAUAUUGGAAAAGCAUGGCCAGUCCUGAUUGUUUGUGGAGGAAUCAUACCGCUUUUCUUUUCUGUGAUCUGGCUGUUAAUGAUCCGUCAUUUUGUUUCUGGGAUGACUUGGAUAACAGUUUUCUUCUUUAAUGUUCUUAUAAUAUUGGUCACUAUGUUCUACUACUUAAAAGCUGGAUGGAUUGGAAAUGAUGCUAUCUCCCCGAUCAUUGGUGAACAUGAUCCUUACUAUCAUUUAUCAGGGAGGGAGAAAAAUCAUCUCCAAGCUGUUGCAGCUCUUAUGACCAUUGUAAUGGUUAUCAGUGUCCUCUCGUCAAUUGCCAUUGUCCGGCGCAUCCUUAUGGCGACAUCUGUGUUGAAGGUUGCUUCUAAAGUCAUAGGAGAAGUUCAGGCUGUAAUUGUUUUCCCUGUUGUACCAUAUACCAUUCUGGCAAUCUUUUACAUGAUCUGGUUUUCUGCCUGUAUCUACAUUUACAGCUCUGGUCAAGUUGUCCAGAACAACUGCAAGUCAAACUGUUGUGCUUAUGAUCUUGGCUCAAAGAGAGUACGCUGUGAUCACUGCUGUGGUUAUAGCAUCCACUACACUCCUCAUGUAGGGCUUGCCAUUGCAUUCCACCUCUUCGGGUGGUAUUGGGCCACACAAUUUUUCAUAGCAUGUUCUUCUACUGUCAUCGCUGGAUCAGUCGCUUCUUAUUAUUGGGCUCAUGGUGAGCCACUGAAAGAAAUUUCAUUUCUUCCAGUCUUCUCAUCAAUGAAGCGGCUCAUGCGGUAUAGUCUAGGAUCUGUGGCUAUUGGCUCUCUGAUUGUUUCCCUCGUUGAGUCAUCACGCUGGAUACUCAAGUCAAUCCGCAGGAAAUUAAAAUUUGCUAGUGCCAGAUCUGAAAACUGGUUUGGAAAUGCAGCAUCUUUUUCUUCUCAUUGCAGCCUUACAUGUAUUGAGUGGACCAUCAAGUCUCUGAAUCGCAAUGCUUACAUAAUGAUUGCUAUAACAGGUAAAAGCUUCUUUACUGCUUCUGCAAUUGCAACAGAGUUAAUCAGAAAUAAUGUUCUUCGGAUAGGGAAGGUGAAUGUGAUUGGAGAUGUGAUUCUCUUCCUUGGGAAAUUGUGUGUGAGCCUUUCAAGUGCCAUAUUUGCAUUCCUCAUGUUGGAUGGUCAUAAAUACAAAUCUGCCCACAACAAGGUCUCCUCACCGUUGUUUCCAGUGCUAGUAUGUUGGACUCUGAGCUAUGUCGUUGCAACCCUUUUUUUCGCGGUGGUAGAGAUGUCUAUUGACACUAUAAUCCUUUCAUUCUGUCAAGAUUCUGAGGAGCAUCAAGGCACUGCACAGUAUGCUCCUCCUCUUCUUGUUGAAACUUUGAACGAUCAAAAUGAGAUGCAGAGACUCGCUCAGUGACCCUCCACCUAUACAUAUAAUAUUAUUUAUAUAUAUUUUAAAAUUUUCAGGUUCUGAUUUCCUGGUUUUUGGUCUCCUCCAAUUUACGAUCUUUUUCUUUUUUUCUUUUUCCUAUGUAUAUGAUGAUAUUUUAUAGAUAGCAAACAGGGUCUUUAUGAAUUCACAAUGUACUCUUCUCCAUACAUCCUCAACUAUUGUAUUACAGCAAAAUGGGAUCAGAUCAAAUGAUCUUUCGUGAUUGUAGUUUUUUUUUAUUUUUUGGAAGAAAUCUGUAGUAUGCACCUUUAAAAAAAGGCACACGAUAAGAAAUGCCAUGCUAUUUUGUGGUGUUAGUUAUGUUAUCUUGUAAUAAAAGUUACGAAUGAGCAAAUUUAUGUUGUACAUUCUAAAGUGAA